UAUGUCGUAGUAGGGUGAAAAAAAUUGUUUAUUUAUAAAAAUGAGUAAUAAACUGUUAAAAAGUAGUAGCCCUGCCAGCAGUAUGCUGUAUGGCUCCAGCAUAUCAGCUGAAUCAAUGAAAGUAAUUGCUGAAAGCAUCGGUGUGGGUUCCCUAUCCGAUGACGCCGCCAAAGAGCUAGCUGAAGAUGUUUCCAUUAAGCUGAAGCGGAUUGUACAGGAUGCCGCCAAAUUCAUGCACCAUGCCAAGCGGCAAAAGCUAUCAGUCAAAGACAUUGAUAUGUCGCUGAAGGUGCGCAAUAUUGAGCCGCAAUAUGGGUUCAUGACCAAGGAUUUUAUACCUUUCCGAUUUGCGUCCGGCGGCGGUCGCGAACUACAUUUUACAGAGGAUAAAGAGAUUGACUUAAACGAGAUCACUGCAAAUAGCUCAAUCAAAAUACCACUUGAUCUGACGUUGCGCUCCCAUUGGUUCGUUGUGGAGGGAAUACAACCCACCGUGCCGGAAAAUCCACCACCCCUCUCCAAAGACUCGCAGCUCGUGGACUCUGUCAAUCCUGUCAUCAAACUAGACCAAGGCCUGAACAAAGAUGCCGCUGCAAAGCCAACCACUGGCAAAAUACACAAGCUUAAGAACGUGGAAACCAUACAUGUCAAACAGUUGGCCACGCAUGAGCUGUCAGUGGAACAGCAGCUGUACUACAAAGAGAUCACCGAAGCCUGUGUCGGAUCGGAUGAGCCUCGUCGUGCCGAGGCGCUGCAGUCGCUCGGCUCUGAUCCAGGUCUUCAUGAAAUGCUGCCCCGCAUGUGCACCUUCAUUGCCGAGGGCGUUAAAGUUAAUGUUGUUCAGAAUAAUUUAGCACUUUUGAUUUAUUUGAUGCGCAUGGUGCGCGCUCUGCUGGAUAAUCCAUCGCUCUUCCUGGAGAAAUAUCUGCACGAGCUGAUACCAUCUGUUAUGACCUGCAUUGUGUCCAAGCAGCUGUGCAUGCGUCCAGAGCUCGACAAUCAUUGGGCCUUGCGUGACUUUGCCUCCCGUCUCAUGGCGCAGAUCUGCAAAACCUUCAACACGCUCACAAAUAAUCUGCAAACUCGUGUCACACGCAUCUUUAGCAAAGCUCUGCAGAAUGAUAAAACGCAUUUGUCAUCGCUCUAUGGCUCCAUUGCGGGUCUCUCGGAGCUGGGUGGCGAGGUGAUCAAAGUGUUUAUCAUACCACGCUUGAAAUUCAUCUCGGAACGCAUCGAGCCACAUCUGCUAGGCACCUCAAUGAGCAAUACGGAUAAAACAGCCGCUGGUCACAUACGAGCCAUGCUUCAGAAAUGUUGCCCGCCCAUCUUGAAGCAAAUGCGUAACCCACCGGACAUUGCUGAGGAGUACAAAAUGGACUAUGGUUUUUUGGGUCCUUCGCUGUGCCAAGCUGUGGUCAAAGUGCGCAAUGCACCAGCCAGUAGCGCCGUAGUGCUAGCCUCCAGCAGCAUCAAUACGGCGCCCAUAACAAGCGCUGCCCAAACCGCGACAGCCAUUGGACGCGUCUCUAUGCCGAAUUCUCAGAGACAAGGCAGUCCCGUGGUAACCGCCCUACCGCAAAUACGCGCCAUUCAAGCCAAUCAGCCGGCGCAGAAGUUUGUGAUUGUCACCCAGAAUUCGCCGCAGCAGUCGCAGGCGAAGUUGGUGCGUCGUGGCAGCUCACCGCACGGUGUGGUGCUGUCAUCGUCCUCGGCGAACGGCGCCAAUGCCUCCAAUUCGAAUUCAUCGUCGACAGGCGCUGGACAGUCGACAGGCGUUGGAGGUAGCAACAGCGGUGGAGCCAAUGUCGGCGGAACCGGCGGUGGUGCAAAUAGUUUGCUAACAGCGCGCAGCAGUAAUGAUAAUAGCAUCGUGGAUGACAAUUCGUUGAUCAUUGAAACGGAAAUAGUGCGCGCACCGCCCGAACUGGAUGAUUUAUCGCAUCUGGAGUAGCCUUAUUCCUCACAGCCACACGUCGUUUAGUUAUUUAAGAACUGAAGUUAGUUAAUAAACACAGGCAUUGACCAGCAAGCCAA